AUCCAGUCAGCUGUUCACUACCCCGGUGCAGCUGGUGGCGCUGGUGCUCCUCUAACCGGACUGUAGAGCGGGUAGACUUUCUCGGGAAGUAUUUGUCGCUGUUGCCUUCACCAUUUGCAGACAUGUCGGGCUGCAGGCUGAUGAGAGCCAUCAGAGUGAGUGAGUUUGGAGCUCCGUCUGUCCUCAGACUGAGCUCAGACGUCCCAGUCCCGCAGCCUGGACACAGACAGGUGUUGAUCCGUGUCCACGCCUGUGGAGUCAACCCUGUGGAGACUUACAUCCGGGCCGGGACAUACGCCCGUAAACCCACCCUGCCGUACACACCAGGCACUGACGCAGCCGGAGUGGUGGAAACAGUUGGAGAGGGAGUCGUUUCAGUCAAGGCAGGAGAUCGUGUUUUCACCACAGCCGCAGAGACCGGAGCUUAUGCAGAGUUCACUGUGGCAGCUGAAGACUGUGUCCACAAACUGCCCAACGCUUUAGAUUUCACACAGGGAGCAGCCAUAGGGAUCCCCUACUUCACUGCCUACAGAGCUCUGGUUCACAAAGCCCAUGCUAAGGCUGGAGAGACCGUGCUCAUCCAUGGAGCCAGUGGAGGGGUGGGUGUGGCAGCAUGCCAGCUGUCCUGCGCUCUGGGUCUCAGGGUGCUGGGAACAGCAGGGACACCAGAGGGAUUGAAGCUGGUUCUCAACAAUGGAGCUCACAUGGCCUUUAACCACAGAGAAGAGGGCUACACAGAUAAGAUCAUGGAAGCCACAGACGGCAGAGGCAUAGACGUGAUCGUGGAGAUGCUGUCAAAUGUCAACCUGAGUAAAGACCUCCAGAUGCUGGCCUAUGGAGGACGUGUUACGGUCGUUGGCUCCAGGGGCCCCAUAGAGAUCAACCCCAGAGACACAAUGGCUAAAGAGAGUAGCAUCGUGGGAGUGGCUCUUUUCUUUUCUACACCGGAAGAGAAGAAGGAAAGUGCAGCGUUGCUCUACACAGGGAUGGAAGCUGGUUGGCUGCGUCCAGUCGUCGGUUCCCAGUAUCCGCUCGACAAGGCCGCCCAGGCCCACCAUGACAUUAUUGAGUCCCCCGGGGCUGCUGGGAAGAUAGUCUUGACCAUGUGAUGCCACUACCAUAUCACAAGUCACGAAUCAAGUUUAUAAGGGUCUGCUACAACAAGCAAAAAACUGUGGCAGACUUUAAAUUGAAGUGAUUGCUGAGAAUGAUCUGUGAAGUUCUUUUUAACAACAAUACAAAUGUGCUCACUGAUGUUCAGGAUGAUUUCUCAAGUCGAACAAGCAACAAAGCCAAUUAUGAUUAAAUGACCAACACUGUGACAAUCUGUAUUCAUCCAUUCAUUUUUAAUAAAUAAUGCUCA